GAGUGGUUGAAGGCACGGCACGCCCAUGUAAAAUUGGAACAAAUUUCUUUUACCAAAUUGAAACGCGAUUCGCCACAUUUGCUUUUUAGCAAGCCAAAGCAUCAUCCAAUUUUAUGUACUUCUUCAUAAUUCCUUACGAAAUUGCCCCUAUACUACUCGAUUGCGACCCCCGGCAACUGUUUGAUAAAAUUCCUAGCUAGUUUCGAAAACAAAAACUUUGAAUUGCUCCUUGGAUGUCUGCUUCUUCCGACUACUGUUGGAUACAAUUUCUUGUAAUCCUUCGAAGCUGGUAAGGCAGAACUCGCAAACUUCCUCUUAUUUUCUUCGAAUCAAACUCUCUAAGGAUCCAGCAAAUCGAUGAUGGGAAUAGAGAAGAGGGAUAACGAUCCUUCUUGGAGCAUGCCUGGGGACAAAGGCUUCGCCGGAAGGCCCAAAUACGAUGUACUCGGCCUGAUCUUCGAAGAAGUGAAGGGAAAGCCAGAUGAAGCUGAUGGCUUCGUCUCCCUUGACAUCGAGACUCUCUCGCUCCUUGCCGCAGCCUCAGCUUCAUCUCCUCCAAUUGUUGGCUCAGGUGAUCAAGAAUCGAUCGCCGGAACCCAAGCUUCUUUCAAGAAGACUGCCUUUAAAAAAGAAUCACAGGGCGGAGGAGAGAGAAGGAAGGCGGAUUCCGUCGCCGCUGCUGCGGAUAGAGAAAGUUUGUCUGUUCUAAUACACGUGGCAAGCGAAGGAGACGCCACUCUGCUGAUUCCUCAAAAGACCUCUUCAGAAGCAGUCGUCGGAGCUGGCGGGCGCAAUAGGCGCAUCGCUGGUCGGCGGCAGGGCCUGCGGCUCGAUCCCCGGCGAGUCGUCGUGUUGUUCGCCGCCUUGUCCAGCAUGGGAACACUGAUUCUUCUAUAUUUUACACUCUCACUUGGGAAGAUGCCAGACGGCAACACCAAUGCUCAGUGAUCUAUGUAUAGCACAAAGAAACAGGAAGCACCUUAGUGCUGUCGUUUUUCCAGUGCUGUAGCUGGAAUACCUUAAUUUCCUAGCGAUCCACAUGCCUUACUCAUUGUAAUAUUUGAAGCAUUCUAGCUUCUUUCUUUUAUUUAUCUUCUUCUAGCAUGAGUUGUAUGUAAACUGGGAUUUCUUUUUGGCCAUUUUUUUGGGUCAGCUACAUGGCUAGGAUUUUGUUUUGAGGUGCAUUAGUGCAAAUCCUCUACAUUGUGGGGAAGUUCAUAGACUGUUAGGCCCAAUGUAUUUUCUUGGUAGCAUUAACUUAGACAAGCAGAUUUUUAAUGAAGAUAUGGGUUAGUGGAUC